AUGACCAAAUCUGCCCAACCUCUUGUGAUUCAAUCCAACGUCUCUGCUCCAAAGCCAAUGGCUGUUGACGGUGAUGGUAUUUACAUCACUCUUGAAGAUCCUAUUACCAAAGAACGUACCACCCUUAUCGAUGGUUCCACUGGGGCCGCUGUUGGUGCUGUCGGACACAAAGAUCCAGAAAUCAUCGAAGCCAUGAAGCACGCUGCCGAAACCUCGGUGUACAACUAUCCAGGUGCCAUCUCCAACUAUCCAUCUGAAGAACUUGCUGAAUUCUUGGUGCAAAACUCUCCUAAAGACGCUUUUGCUGCGGUGUUGAUCACCGGAUCAGGGUCUGAAUCGGUCGAAAACGCUUUGAAAUUGGCCAAGCAAUACCAAGAUGAAAUCGGCCAGACCCAGCGUUACAAAUUCGUUAGCCGUAAGAAGACAUACCACGGUUACACCAUGGGUUGUUUGUCUAUGGGGCAUAAUCCAAGAAGAACCAGAUUCGACAAAUUCUUAGGUGACCCAAAGACUUUCCUCAAGACUGAAGCCGUUUAUCCAUACCGUGAUUUGAAAGAAGGAGAAACUUUAGAACAAUACAAGGAUAGAUUGGUCAAGGAUGUCGAAGAUACUUUCAUUGCCAAUGAUCCAAGCACCAUCGUUGGCUGGCUCGGGGAAACCGUUGUCGGUUCCACUUUUGGUACCUGUCCUCCGGUGCCAGGGUACUUGGAAGGCGUCAGGGAAGUGUGUCACAAGUACGGUAUUUUGUUUAUGUUGGAUGAAGUGAUGAGUGGGAUUGGCCGUUGCGGGACUUUCCAUGCUUGGGAACAAUAUUUGCCAGAAAACCAAGGUCCAGAUAUUCAAACUAUUGGUAAAACUCUUGGUAGUGGAUAUGUCACCAUUGCUGCGGUGCUCGUGUCUCCUAAAGUGAAGAACGCAUUGACCGAUGGUUCCAACUACAUUAUCGGGGCACAAACUUACCAUCAACACGCAUUCAAUUGUCAAGUGGCCCUCGCGGUGCAAAAGAAGGUUAAGAGAGACAACUUGAUCGCCAACAUGAAAGAACAAGGUAACUAUUUGGGAGCCCAAUUGAAGGAGAAAUUGCUCGGGAAGUCCAAGAUCGUUGGGGAUGUUAGAGGUUCCGGUGGUUUCUGGUCUUUAGAAUUGGUUAAGGAUACCAAGACCAAAGAACCUUUUGCUGCUGAUUUGAAGAUGCACGGGGUGGUUGGUAAGCAAAUUAGCAAGAACGGUGCCACCAGUAUGCCAUGUCCAGGUACUGUUGACAACAAGAUCGGAGAUCAUGUUUUGUUUGCUCCAAGUUUCAUCAUUACCAGAGAGCAAACUGAUAAGUUGAUCGACAUUGUGGUGAAAUCAGUAUUUGAAGUUGAAGAACAGAUCGGUGCCUAA